UUGUUUUAUUUAUAAAGGUUCAAUGUAUCUUUGCCUGCCUACAUCAAUCUGCAAGGGAGUGUCAGAAAGGCCCCGCAUUCGCCGAGCCGUUUGUAAGCAUUUAAAUCAUUCUUCUGCCAACUCUUUAUGCUACUCCCAUCAGAUGUUAAAGGGUGACACGACCCGUCAGCGAAUCAAAUUCAGUGAUGACCGAGUGUGCAAGAGCCACCUUCUCAACUGCUGCCCUCAUGAUGUGCUCUCUGGAACUAGAAUGGACCUUGGAGAAUGCCUGAAAGUGCAUGACCUGGCAUUAAGGGCAGACUAUGAAAUAGCAUCCAAAGAUCAAGAUUUCUUCUUUGAGCUUGAUGCAAUGGACCACCUGCAGUCGUUUAUUGCAGACUGUGACCGGCGAACGGAAGUGGCUAAGAAAAGACUAGCAGAAACCCAAGAGGAGAUCAGUGCUGAAGUUGCAGCUAAAGCUGAAAGAGUUCACGAAUUGAAUGAAGAAAUUGGGAAACUGUUGGCCAAAGUAGAACAGCUCGGAGCUGAUGGGAAUGUGGAAGAAUCUCAAAAAGUAAUGGAUGAAGUGGAGAAGGCUCGGGUAAAGAAGAGAGAAGCAGAAGAAGUAUACAGGAAUUCUAUGCCUGCAUCUAGCUUUCAGCAGCAGAAGCUAAGGGUUUGUGAAGUGUGCUCGGCUUAUCUUGGUCUUCACGACAAUGACCGACGACUUGCUGAUCACUUUGGAGGAAAACUACAUUUGGGAUUUAUUGAAAUAAGAGAGAAACUUGAGGAACUCAGGAGGAUUGUGGCUGAUAAACAGGAGAAACGAAAUCAGGAACGCCUGAAACGUAGAGAGGAGAGGGAAAGAGAAGAAAGGGAGAAACUAAGGAGGUCCAGAUCCCACAGCAAGCAUGCCAAAAGAUCUAGGUCCCGAGAUCGCCGCAGACACCGCUCUCGCUCAGCCUCGCGGGAACGGAAGAGAAGGACUCGCUCCAAAUCCCGUGAGAAACGUCACCGCCACAGGUCCCGUUCCACCAGCCGCAGCCGGAGCCGCAGCCAUCAUAGAAGCAGGCACAGCUCCAGGGAGAGGAGCCGAGAACGCAGCUCCAAAAAGAGAUCCUCUAAAGAAAGAUCUUCCAGAGACAAAGAGCGUUCAAGGGAUCGCGAUAGAACAUCCCGUGAUAAAGACAGAAGCUCGAGGGAGAGGUCGCCGCGGGAUUUCAAAGACAAGAAACGUUCGUACGAAAGCGCUAACGGCCGAUCGGAAGAGCCGAGGAGCUCAGAGGAGCGUGAAGCAGGGGAGAUAUAACUGGCUGUAUAUUGACCUGAUCUCUAGCUUCCUAUGGAGUUGCAUACUUUGGUUUAGUUUACAGUUGUUCAAAGGGACACCAGUGAGCAGUUCCAACACUGAUCCUACUAGGGUAGAUGUACAGUAUAUAAAAGUGGUUAUGACAAAGUCAGAAUUAAAUCCCAUGAAGUAAUGAUGCCUAAAGCUGGGUCCUGGACUUCCAUCAAGUUGUAAAACUUUUCUGAAAAAUUUCUCUUUAUUCAGGACAACAGUUUUAUGUACCAAGAUGCAGAUCUCAAUGUUUUUAAUCUCCUUUCCAAUACAAGUUAGUGAACAAAUUAUAUUGUACUACUUGCCUUGGGUGCUUUUGAACCUUUAUAAAUUCUCCAAUUCUGCUCCAGUCAAAACAGCAGCAUUGAAAGGUUGUAUUUGGGGGGAUUUUUUUUUUUUUUUGUUUGCUUUUUUGUAAGAGGGUGGGUGGAUGGAUAUUACCUUUUACUCUGUUCUCAGUGUUGGGUUUUAUUUUUGUUUGGGAUCCUAGGAGUUGAUUACAGUGGGAGCAUUUAGACAGGAACGUGUGCUGGAGAAAGCGGAAAUGUCUUUUUACAGUGCCUAUUUAGACUUGGAAAUUGAACAGCUGUUGCAUUACAUCUUUUUUAUUUCUACUUAAAUUUUGAAAUCAAAGCCAGUCCCAUAUCUGUACCAUUUGAUUGGUAUGUGUUCAAUAUAUUUGUUUUUUUCCAUAA